AUGGCUUAUACAAAUCGUCAAGUUUCUCUAUUAACUAGAAUUUACUAUGCUUGGAUAGUACUAUUUUUCGGUCGUCUCUGGCGAAUAUGGCUUUAUCUUACCAAACGAAAAAGAAAAUCAACAACCAAAAAUAAAACAUCAAGUGAUCAAUAUUUUUUUAUCACAUCAAAUGCUUUAUUAUCCAUCGAAAUAAACGCACACUGUUUGAUUUACAUCUAUUUAUUAAUUGAACAAAAAUUUGUACCUGAAUCAUUAGCAGAUUCUAUUCAUAUAUUCUCAUCUCAACCAUGUGAAAGCGUCUUUCGAGACGCACGCGCAUUAUCAGGAGUUUAUUCAACUCAAAUAAAUUUUACUAUGAAACAAUUUCUCAAACGAAUUAAUAAACUUAAUGCUCUUACUGAACUCAAGCAACUCGAAUUAACAAACAAAAUUGAAAAAAUUAAUUUUCCUAUUCAUCACAAAAUCAAAAAACUUACUAAUCAAUCUGAAUUGAAUAUUACUGAUGAAAUUACUGAUUUUAAUUCUAGCAACAUUGAAAAAAUAAUUGUUCAAGCAUAUGAAGCAGCACAAUAUCUGGCAAUAUCAGUAGGAAUGAGUAAAGAUCUAAUUAAAUACGAUCUUUUCGAUAUGGAACAAUCAUCACAAUUGGCAGAGAAAUUAUUGAGAUUAAACAAUUUAACUGAAACGGAAAUACUGAUUAUUGAUGGUAGUAAUAGUGAAGAUAGUGAUGAAGAAGAUAAUUUUGAUGGAUAUGACUUUGAAGAACGUCUUGAUGAUGAAGAAGAAGAGGAAGAGAAAAAGGAAGAAGAAGAAGAAGAAGAUGAUGAUGAUGAUGAUGAUGAUGAUGAUCCUGGUUUAGAUGGUGCUGAAGAAGACAAUGUUGACGAUGAAGAAGAUCAUGAUGAAGUUGAUUAUGAUGAAAAUAACGAAGAAACUAUUAAUGAUGAUAUUGACGAAUCAGAUGGAAAUGCUGGUGAUUAUGAUUCAUCUGAAGAUGAUGCACAACCAACGAUUACUUUCGAAAAUGUACAAGCAACAUCUUUUUCAGGUGUUUACUAG